AUGCGACCGUUCUCUCCCGCCGCCAGAGUUUUGCCUGGCUCUGUGUCGCAGAACCUGACGCCCGUCAAGUCUAUCCUCAAGACUGCCUCUGUCCUGGGCCGCCGCAAAUAUCGGCAUGAGGCGGAUUCGAACACGCCCGAAGCGCCCGACAGUCCGACGAAGCGACGCAAAGUCUUUUUCGACGACAUUCGAAACGUAACAUACGAGGUCGGCCGCCGCACAAUGGAAGAGGUCAAGCUCGAAGUGCGGAACGCCCUCGAGGGCCACCUCCACGGCAGCGAUGGCCAGUAUGACACUCUCAAAGACAUGUUUGCCAAUGACAAGCAGCGCUAUCUGCCCCCUGUCGUCGGCGAGGACGAUGACACCCUCAAGCCGCACGAGCUCCAAGUCUACGUCAUGGCUCUGACGAGCUGCGUCCCUAUUCUCAAGAACAGAGAUUGCAACGGCCUCGUGCGCGUGAUCCUGCAGUGCUCAUGGCUCGGCAGAGACGACGCCUUUGUCAAGUCCUUUACGCACUUUCUCGCCGCUCUUGUCAGCGCGCAGGGCUCCUACAUCGGCGCCGUGCUGUCCAUGAUUGUGGACAAGUUUCAGCUGACGCGCCAAUCGUCCUGGUGUGUCCCCGACUUUCCAGAGGUCAACCGCGAGACCAUGCGUCAACGCCUGCACUCCACGCUGCAGUAUCUUCUGCAAAUGUUCCCUUCAGCGGUGGGCGUCCUCGAGAGCCUGUUGAGCGCCAAGUUUCCCUUUCCGGAUGACUCGGUGCAAAUACACAUGGCGUAUAUCAACAACUUGCUCAAGGUCAAAGAAUACGUGCCCAGUCUGCAGGAUGAAAUCCUCGACAUCAUCCUUAACCGUGUAGUCAAGAUCGAUUCGCAAAUGCAGCUGGACCUUGAGGACAUUGACGAUGAUAUCACAACUGCCGUGCUUUUUGCACUCCGCGAAAACUCUCACACCACUUCCGACUGGGAACAAGACGAGCUGGACGACAGCGAUAAUGAGUCUGUUGACAGCGAAGAUCUAGACUUUGACAAGGAAGCUACGAGAAUCAAGACUGUCAAGGAAAACGUCGAAAAAAUGGAUGCUGUCCUUGAUACUCUGUUCCAGUAUUACACGCCUUACUUUCUUAACCCAGGCUCAGACAAAGCAUUUGACGCCUUUACUAUUAUCCUCCGCGAGUUUGAUCACAUGGUUCUGCCAACAUAUAAAUCCCGCCACACACAGUUCCUCAUUUUCCAUUUCGCACAGCAGCAUCAACGCCUUACCGAUGCGUUCUGCGGGCAGCUCAUUGCUACAGCUUUUCAGAGCAACACACCCAACGUGCUGAAGCAAGCCGCCGCCGCCUACCUCGCUAGCUUCGUCGCGCGUGGCGCUCUGGUGCCUUGCAGCCUGGUGCGCACCAUCUUCUCGCUGUUGCUGCAGUACCUUGAGCAGUACCGUCGCAAGUACGAGCCCAUCUGCCGCGGGCCCGAUCUGAAGCGAUUUCAUCCCUACUACAGCCUUGUGCAAGCCACGCUAUACAUUUUUUGCUUCCGCUGGCAGGACCUUGUCGUGGGGGCCCCGGAUACUGUGGACGUUGACGACGCAGCCUCGUAUAUCGGCCAGGAUCUCGAGUGGAUUGGCAGCUCGCGCAAGGACCUCUCUAUCCAAAUCUUUGGCAAGCUGAACCCACUUAAGGUGUGCGCGCCCGUCAUUGUCGAAGAAUUCGCCAAGCUGGCCCAUCGUCUCAACUUUAUGUACGUCUACCCGCUGGUGGAGAGCAACAAGCGUGUGCGUCUCACGCAGUUUCUGUCCUCUACAUACGCGACAGGCGGUGCGCUCCGCGAUGCUGGCUACGACGGCCAGGAGGAGAGCUUUCACCAGCUCGACCCCUACUUUCCCUUUGAUCCGUACCAACUGCCCGUCAGCAAACGCUGGCUCGUCAACGACUAUGUGCACUGGAAGUCGGUGCCGGGCCUGAAUGCGGACGACGACAGCGAUGACAGUGACGACAUGGAUGGCGAGGACGAGAAUGCGCUUGAGGAAGCCACUGCGACAGACAGCGACGGCGAUGACUGA